AUGGCCAAUGGCCUCAACUUCAACCCUAAAUUCCUUCUCAGCUUGCCCACUGCAACAAUAUUGCUUAUUAGUCAUUUAGCAAAACCGAGUACUCACAGGUUAUUAAGGAGUUUCUUGACUGCUACCUCCGUGCCAUUGACCAAUCUGCCCCUUGGCCCCACCCAAGAUGAGACACUUCAGGCAAACCAAUUAAUGGAGAUGGCAUUGCAAGUGCAUAUGACGAAGAAUAUUGCUUUCUGGCAUUACCCGAGCUUCCUUCCUCCCCAGAGUGAGAGCUAUAUGUCCUCUCUUGAUGAUAUAUUGAACUGCCCUGGCUGA